AUGCAAUUUUCCGGAAUCCUCACUACUCUUCUCCUUGUUAUCCUCGCCGUCAUUGGUACUACUGUCGCCCAAUCAGCUAACGACAACAAUCUCGGACCAUUCGAAGCGUCAAUGAUGGCAAAACGUCUGCGUGGUGAGCCAAUCCGUUUUGGCAAGCGGUCCCCACGCGAACCCAUCCGUUUUGGAAAACGAUUCAACCCACUACCAGACUACGACUUCCAAUAA